GUUGACCGACGACGACAAUCCUGCCAACAAGCUACCAAGUGAAUACUAAAUGGCCAGCUCGAGCAGUUUGAAGGUACUCUCGUUGUAUACUGACACGUGCAGCCUGUACUGCCCUUGAUCUCUUCCUUUACUUCACCAGCGUCCGCUCCCUGACGACGAUGACGACGACGACAUGUCCAUCAUUUCGCGUACACCAUCUCCAUCUCCUAAUUCUAUGGAUGUCGAUGAAGAUAUUAACAAGUACGAUGAGUAUAUCCAAGGUGCACCGCCAGAAAUUAUCACCGUAGAGACCAAGAUCAAGCCAACGAACAAGGGCUUUGCUAUGCUCUCAAAGCUAGGAUGGACAGAAGGGCAACCGCUUGGUAUAUCUGGCGAUGGUCGAGUAGAUCCUAUCCCUUUUCAAAUGAAGGCUGAUGCUACGGGGGUGGGAAAGAUCAGUCAAGACGUCCGUAUGAUAGAAACGACUGUUUCCCAACGCCGAGAACUGGACUCCGAGCGUCAGCACAAGGAGACUGAAGAUCAACGCCGUGCUCGACAAGACAACGCUGCACGCCGUUCAGCUCUCGCAAACGAGCUCUUCGAUACCCUCAAGUCCUUCUAUUGCAGUUUGUGCGAUAAGCAGUUCAAGAAUGUUGCUCAGUACGACGAGCACACGAACUCUUAUGCUCACCAUCACAAGGCACGGUUCAGGGAUAUGCAGGCCAACGUUCGUAUCAAACCGCAGGAUGAGGUUGAUAAGCGGAAGGAGAAGGAGCGAAAGCGGGAGGAAAGGGAGCUGAGAAAAAUCGCAGCGGCGAACGGCGUGAAGAUGGCCAAAUCUUUCAACCCUGUAGCAACUGCCAAUCCGGAUUCAAGAGAUUCUGCUACCCAGCCCUCGAUACCACACGUCACUUCUGGGAAUGCUCAACUGGGCUUCAAAAAGCCUGGAUGGGCUGCCAUCGGGUUGGCCCCGUUACCUCCACCGCCCCCUCCCACCGAGCCACACAGUUCAGUUAUUGUAAUAAAUGGGGGGGACCCGGCGCCAUUAGAAGAGCAGGGGACACCUUCGAAGGGAGGUUGGCCGCUCCUUCACACCCCUUCAAUUUCUGCAUCUAUUCCUCUGUCGACAACAAACCUGUCUUGCAACCGUUCACAACCUGCACUUCCGGUAAAUCCAGACUCAUCUUCUCCUUCAAUGUCUUCGGAGGCUUCGAAUGCCCCUGCGAAACCAUCGAAGGCACAAGCGAGUCGUGCCGGAUGGCAGCAAUUCCAGAAAUCCAAUCAAAGGUGGAAAUAGACAACAUCUCUUUCUACUUACCUCUGAUAGUGAAAGUGUACAAUAGUAAAAAUUUGACUUUCUAUCGAGAGGUAAAGAGGUUGUACUACAUAGCUACAAAGUGUACUCUUAAUUUUGGAUCUGUCGCAUACGUAUAAAAGUAACCGUUACUAUCAAGA